AUGGAUGAAGUGGAUAUGGAUGCAUGUAAAGCUGUAUAUCCUCCCAAGGAGAGCUCAGUUCUGAAAUUGGAUGCUCCGAUCAGUUCUACAGGACUUGCACAAGAACUUAGAAGCGUUACUGUACAGAAUAUGUCCAAAACCGAUGGUGGGGUGGACUUCUUUGAUGUGAUGAAACAGAGGAGAGAAGUAGAGCAUUUCAAAAUUCUUGCUGAAGCGCAAUCACCAAAGUUUAUGGUGAUUGCUUGCGUGGACUCUAGGGUAUGCCCCUCUAACAUCCUUGGAUUUCAACCUGGAGAAGUUUUUAUGGUUCGAAAUGUUGCAAAUCUUGUUCCCCCUCUUGAGAAUGGACCGACAGAAACUAAUGCUGCGCUUGAAUUUGCUGUAAAUACUCUUGAAGUGCAAAAUAUAUUUGUCAUUGGCCAUAGUAGCUGUGCAGGAAUUCAAACUCUAAUGACCAUGCAAGAUGAUGAGAACUCCUGCUUCAUCGAGAAGUGGGUUGCUAAUGCAAAAGUUGCAAAGUUAAGAACGAAAGGAUAUGCAAUUCACCUUAGCUUUGAUCAACAAUGCAAACAUUGCGAGAAGGAAUCAAUCAAUUGUUCACUACUGAACUUGCUAACAUAUCCGUGGAUUGAAGACCGGGUGAGGAGAGGGUUACUUUCUCUUCAUGGAGGAUACUAUGAUUUUUUGGAUUGCACGUUUGAGAUUUGGACCCUUGAUUUCAAAGAAAGCGAGGUUCGCUGUGGAAGCAAUUUCUCAGUCAAAGAUAAAGCGUUGUGGUGUUAG